AGAGAUUUUAAAGAACGCUGUGCCCAGUGUUCAGAAGUGAACUGGGGUCUCACUGAUGGAGGUGGAUUUUAUUGCAGAUCUUGCCACAAUGUUACUGAGAGAAAUAGAGAAGUUGUAAACACUGAUUUUACUACUAACACAAGAGUCCAGACAAUCUCCAAAGGUUCAAGAAAGCAGGAAGAAACUGAUGGAGGCUGUGAAUGGUAUGUUUGUGAAGGCUUUCAGCUUGUACUCAAGAAACAAGCUGAUGCUUUAGAAGCAUUAGGAGUAUGUCCACAAAUGAAGGAUGAAGUUCUGUGCAAUUUUUGGAGGUGUUACCUUCAGAAAAGCAAACAGGCAUACUGCAUCCGACCAGCUGGGGAAACUGUCAAAGCAUUAUCAGUAUGUGAUAGCAGUACUGAUGUGGACAGUGAUCCAGAGAGACCUAGCUUUCUUCAGUUGCUGUCCCUCUCUGAAAGUGAGGGGGAACUGCAGACCGAUAACAGCUUUGCCUCGUCAACUAGCAAGGUCUCAGAAAGCACCUCUGCGUGCUCUGGAUCAGUUGAUGGUAGCUUGUAUUUAAAGAAGAACCAAAAGGAGAAACUGAGGAUGACAAUGCCAAUGACCCUUUCGUUCUGUUACAUGGCAUUACUCUGGCUGAGAGAACCAAUGACAUUAUCUGAUCUCUUAAGGUUUGUUGUUGAAGGUCAUAUUCCGUAUUUGAAUGUUUUCCAGCAUUUUCCAGAGAAGAUGAAAUUAUGUGGACUUGAUCUUAAGAUCUUUUCUGUAGAGUCAUGGCCUGCAUAUGAAGAAGUAUACAACAAAAUGCUUGAACUUGCAGUGUUUUUAGAACUGCCUCGUUUUCCAGAUAUAACAGACAGCUGCUUUCUUCAUCCAGACAUGUUGUGCAUGAAGUACUUGAUGGAAGCUAAUUUACCUGAUGAAUUGCAUAAUUGGACUUGUCGAGUGGUGAAAAAGAUCGGUAUUGGAGAUGCGGAUUUCCUGACUCUUGUGCCUGGAAAUAGGUCAACAAGAAAAGUGAAAUACGAUGUUCUUGCUGCAGCAGUUAUUGUAGUUGUGCUCAAAUUAUUGUUUUUAUUAGAUGAUAAGUAUGAAUGGUUGCUUUCAGACUUUGCUGGAGAAAGAAAUAAAAAUAGCGAAGAAGGUGAAGGUGUCCCAUAUUUUGAGUUCAAAAAGUGGUACAAGGUGAUAAAAUGUUCCUUGGAUGCGAAGCAAAAGAAAUUAGAUGAAGAAAGAGCCAAGUAUUUGUGGAGAUGUGAAAAGCCACUGUUUUAUUCAGCCAAGAAAAAAUCUAAAGUUCUUAAGAGAAGACAAAUGGUUGUGAACUUACAAAAUCAGUUUGGCAAGCUGUCUGGUUCCCUGCGACCUGCUGAAAAGCCAAAUCCUUCAAGUUUUCAGUUAAGUUGGUCAGAAGAAAACACAGAUGGGAGUUGUUUUCACGGGCAUAGCCUGAAGGGAGUUUUGCAAGAAAAAUGUGGUUUACUUAAACCCAUGAACCCUGACUAUUGGCAGUGUACAGUUAAACUAUGCACUGAGAAAUCAUGUGGUCAUCUGGCUCAUUACUCCAGAGAAGAGGACUUUCCCCAGAGUUACCAUUUUGUACUAAGGUUAUUCUCCUUUCUUCUGAGGAUACAGCCUUCUUAUAUCCAUGACGAGGUGUGUGUGAUAGAACACAAACUUUUUAAUAAAAAACUCUAUAAAAAG